GCGAACGACACCGUGGGCGACGUGAGCUGGUUUUAAGGCAUAUCCCCCGUCAGACCAGCGGGACCUCUGCGAGGAUGUGGAGCCUGCUUCCUCCUGACAGACCUCGCUCAAACUUUUGUCGCUAGACACAGCGCGGAGAGGAGGGGAGUUGGGCGCACGACCCGCCGCAGCCUGUGUGUCCGUCACCGGAGGCUAUGAUGGGCAGACUUUGACUUGAUCCACUACGGCACAGAAACACCAUGGCUGUGGACGCGGCAUCCAGUUUCAGUUUCUGCAGGCCAGCUGUGGAGUACAGGGCUCUGCCUGAGGACUUCAAGCACCAGUUGAGUAGACGGACAGGUGGGAAUCUAACCUGGCAUGACGGGCGAGGACAGAAAACAGCGGGAGGCAGGACAGUGAAGCUGCUGCAGCAGCCGGGCACAGAGUCCCUGCAGUACCGUUCAAGCGACAGCUAUGGGAUAUAUCACACCAGCCCGACACAGCCCAGCCUCAUCCGCCCCGUCGUGCUCUGGUCACAACAAGAUGUUUGUAAAUGGCUGAAGAAACACUGUCCACACAACUACCUGACCUACGUGGAGGCGUUCUCCCACCACGCCAUCACAGGCCGUGCACUGCUGCGUCUCAAUGGGGAGAAGCUGGAGAGGAUGGGAUUAGUGCAAGAGACACUUCGACAGGAGCUGCUGCAACAGGUGCUGCAGCUUCAGGUGCAGGAGGAGGGACGCAACCUGCAGCUGCUCAGCAGAGGUUCCUUUGGAAAGGUGUCAUAGCCAGAUUGCUGAAAGAAGCCUGUGGACGCUGUGGAAUCAUGGAAUAUAUGAUCAAAAAAACUCAAAUAUGUGAAUCAGAUCUGUGGAAAAAAAAAAUGCAUCCAAUGAAGAGUGAUAUCAUGAAUUGUGAUAUUAAACUAAAGUUGGCAGCUUUUCAUUCCCCAUCUGCACGAUGAACAGACACAAUCUUCAUGGACUGACUAUGAACUGUGAUGAAAAAGCACCAUGACAAUCUGUUUUGUCAUUCUCUUGCUCUGUUGUGUGAUCGAUUACAAUAACUAUUCCUCUGUUACUGCCUCUGCCUUGUUCUCUCUGUCUCUCUCUCUGAAACUUUUUUAAA